CAAGUCCGUUCGUAUCUGUUGGUGUUUCCAUUUUCGCAAACGAACUUCGGUUCAGCUUUGAAUUUUGUGGCCAACCAGUGCCAUGUAGCUUGUUGGCGAAAGGUCUUCUCUCUCUUGCCUCCGGCUCCCGAGACCUGAGUCUACCCUUUGUAUGAGAUCUACAUCAGGAAGAAGCAUCGUCGAAUCGCACCUUGGAGAAGUUGGUACUUUGGGAUUGUGAAUCUCGUUCUUGUCACUCCACCAGACCUGUAGAGGUAGCUAAAAGCGAGUGUUAUCAUGGCGAGCAGAGGCUUUCAUAGUACGUUCACUCCAUUGCCCAUGGAGAGAACAGACUUCUUGGAGAUGCCGCAGCAACAGCAGGAACCAGGGCUUCAGCAACAAGUCUCGCCUGGCCAAGACAUUGAGAAGAAAAACUCAUCGACUUUUGAUCGAGUCGUAGAGUUGCUAAAUGAAGCUCAACUUGCUGAGAAGGAGGAAAAACUUCAAUGUUUGCAUCAGGUUCAAGAAUUGAUCGUUCACAAGGAGUCGAAUCUUAUGGACAAUUUCUUUGAUGAGAUGAUAGUGCACUUCCAAGAUCGCAGUCCCGACGUCAGGAAGUUUGUUCUGGGUUUCCUCGAGGAGGCGAGUUUAAAAGACACGGAAUUGAUCCGGAAGGCUGUUCCGUUCUUGCUACUUGGUAUCAAGGACUCCAUGCCGCUAAUCAAGAAGAAGACGAUAACAGUCGUUACACGCCUCCUGCCGUGUGCGCUGCUGAUGGUAUGCCGUGCGAGACCCAAUGAUCAGGAAGCCGCAGACAUGUGGGAUAGUAUGGAUGACAUCAAGAGUUUGAUAAUUGAAGAAAUCAAUGGCAUGAACGAUGGUAUUCGCACCAUGGUAGUGAAGUUCAUGGAAAUGCUCGUUGUUGUUCUGUCCAAGAAGAGCAGCGAUUCUGAAGUGGUCAAGGAUGACUACCCGGUUUCAUUAGAAAUGGUACCCACCGAUCACAAGGUGUUGCACCUUACUGAUCUUGUGGAAGACUGUGGCAUGUGCUUGGAAUCCUUGCUGGGUCUAACGACUCUAGCCGAUAUUUCUAGCACAAAUCUGAUGACUGUGAUUUCGUCAUUGGCCAGCGUUGCCCGUCAGCGGCCUAUGUUUAUGUCCACAGUGGUGCAGGCGUUUGAGGCGUUACACGCUUCCCUUCCUCCCUUUUCCAAGUCUCAAGUUAGCAGUAUCCGAAAGAAUAUGAAAUCUCAACUCCUGGCUAUGCUCCGACAUCCAUUGUCAGUGGACUACCAGACUCAGAUUACCACACUCCUUGCAGAUCUGGGCGCAACACCGGCUGAGAUUGCUAAGAACAAACCACAGCCAGCAGCUGAAAAGAGAAAGAAUGAUGGUGAGGGUGGAUCAGCGGCGAAGAAGCCAAGAUCGUCAAAGGCGGCGGCGGCGGAGGAGGACAACGAGCCCGAGUAUAAUGCGUUUUUGAACCGCUUUGCCGUGACGGGACAAGCCAUUGAUGACUUUCACAAGGACAUUGUCAAGCACUUGACACCGGUCAAGUGUGCCGAGUUGGUGUUUGUCAGCAUGCGGGAUCUGCCCGACGGUAUGCCGGCCAACUUCCGCGAGACGUUCACGCCCAUCGCUGCUGCCGGCACAGACCAGCAGAUCAGUCACUUGGCACGACUGAUGGCCAUUCAGAUUACUGCUGCUGGCUUUGGACCGGCCGCAGAGCGCAUCGGACUGGAAGCGCAAAAGUCGAAGGCCAACCGCAGGGACAAGCGAGAGAAGGAGCAUCGUAGAUCGGGUGGCGAUCAGGAAAGUGAUCAGACGUCACAUGCGACCGGUCUGCCAUCUGACUUGCUUGCCGGUGUGGGUCUUGCCAAUGCUAACAUGGCCGACCUGAUGCUGCUGGCGCCCGAGCUGAUCAAGCUUGGCGUUGAUCCGGAGAUGGCUGCCAAGAUCUUGCCGCGUGUCAACCCGGCCGCACAAGUGAGCACCGUGGGACAGACCAGUGCGUUUGGUGCCACACCGCUCGGGCCUGCUCGGAGCUCGCAGUCGACUGGAUCGGCUGUAGAUGCGUUUGGGAAGCCAAUGCCACCCAGUGAUCUCAUGAAAGCAGGACAUGAUGCUCCAAGUGUGAAGGACACUAGGCGGAAAGCAAGACAUAUCAAGCCGUUCAAGCUCCUGGAUGUUCCCAUGGCAACGACGGCUAGUGACGCCGCCCGCCAGAUGAAGGAAACGUUUGACAGGCUGACCAGUUUUGGUGAUGAUACCGUUUUCUGUGACACAAUAUCGGAUCGAAUAAAGAUUCUUGUAGGCCUGGCAGUGCAUUUUCCCGAGACCUGUCGCCGAAUUCUAAUUGAUCGUGUUAUGCUGGAUGUGCGUAGCAACAUGGAGCUCUUACUAGCAUGGCUUUUCGAAGAAUACAGUGUAUCUGAAGGUUACUUUGAUCAAAAGGAAGCGCUGAGCGGCCUCGGCAAACGCUACGAUCAUUGCCUGACAUUGCUACUGACCACGCUCCGAGAGAAGCUCUCACCCGAAGACAGGUCAUUCACCAAGUUAUUAUUGGAGGCGCCGUGCAUCACUCAGGGUGCAUUAGAAAUUGUCCGCUCCUACUGCGAGGACAGGGAGUACAUGGAUCUUGGUAUCGCCACACUGUCUGAACUGGUGAUACGAAGACCAGCGGCAACCGAGGCGUACCUCUAUACACUUCUAGACCUGACCACUCAUCAUGACCAGAAGCUCCGGGACAUGUCAAUCGAAGUCACGAAGAAGCUGUUUAGCAAUGAAAACCUGACCGGUGAUAUUGUGAAAUUUGCGUACAAGACACUGGCACAGCUGCAGAAUGAACAUCCCGUUGCGGUUCUCGAUGGCGAAACAGAAGUCGCUGGUGCCGCCUGGACGGAAGAGACAAUUUCAAUAGCUUUGCAGCUGUUCCUGUCACUGCUACCUCUGAAACACUCCCUUCUCCAUGAUCUUGCACAGGUUUACGUAGAUGUGUCUACACUGAUCAAGAAGACCAUCCACAAGCGCGUUGAGAAGCCGAUCCGCGAGAUAGGAAUCGAAGCUGAAGAACUACUGAAAUUGCUGGAGGAGUGUCCGCCGGGUGCGGAGUCGUUGAUAACUCGCCUACUGCACACGCUCACUCUGGAUGCACGCCCGACUCCAGAGUUGGUGGAGAAGGCACGUUCGCUGUACAAACGUCGCUCAGCAGACAUCCGUGUGCUUAUUCCAAUCAUCAUAGGUCUAGAAAAGAGCGAAAUUCUGGACUACUUGCCGCUUCUAAUCAGGCAGCAACCAGCAGUCAUGAGAGAGGUGGUGAAUCGCUUACUUGGCUGCACCCACACGGGAAAAGCAUCGCCGAUCAUGAAAAGUCCUCUGACACCGACCGAGGUUCUGGUGGCUCUUCACUCGAUUGAAGAAUCUGAUGAGAUGAUGAAGAAUGUCAUGAAAGCCAUCAGUUUCUGUUUUGAGAAGGACACUAUCUUCACGCAGGAGGCAAUCGCCCUUGUCCUUCAGCAGCUGGUCGAGAGACAGCCGCUUCCCACGCUAUUUAUGCGCACCGUCAUCCAGUCGCUGAACCUCUACCCCAGCAUGAUGACCUUCUCCAUGGGUAUCUUGGAACGGCUGGUGAAAAAGCAGGCGUGGCUACAGCCGAAGGUCUGGCAAGGUUUCGUGAAGUGCUGCUCGAUGACGAAGCCGCAGUCACUUGUCGUCCUACUGCAGUUACCUCGCCAACAGCUUGACAGUGCUUUCCAGAUUUGUGGUGACCUACAACCUGCCCUUGUAGAGUUCGUUAAGAGCCUUCCUACUAAACAGAGGAACAGCAUCUCCAAGCAAACACUGAAGUUCAUUGAAUCUGUCGACAAGAAGUCCGAGAAAGCUGCCUCCACCACUGCAGCAACUUCCACUUCACCAGAGAAAGCAUCGACUUCGACAAGGACCAAGGGACGUGCUUCUUCUGGCGCUGAACACGGGAAGGAAAACAUGUCUACUGUCCGGAACAAAGCUGAGUCUGCGUCUGCAACGCAAGCUGAGUCUGAGCAGUAGGUUCCUUGCACGCAUAUUCACGGCCCAUUUAUCCUCUCUUUCUUGAUGCUUUUUUCAAUUUUUUGUUCUUUCCAAAUUCUUUUUGCUGGGUACAUAUCUGGAACUGGUUUCCAGAGCAACCUUUGAUUUUCUGAAUAAUACUAUGCUUCUGUAUAAGGGCAUCAUGUUCCGCAUUGGUUUGUGUGCAAAGGUUACACCAUACUAUAAAUACAUAUAUUAUGUACAUAUACUUGUGAAUCAUAAAACAAAUGUAUGUAGGUUCUUAUAUUCGUGAUGGCUUGUGUUAUUUUAGUCUACUUUACCCUGUUUUCUUUUUUAGUAAUAAUAUUAUUAUUAUUUUAACUCAUUCGGUUGAAUACUGGAGUCUUCUUACUCUGCUCCUGUGCCGGUAGCCCAUGGCCCAGGUGGGUCAUGUCACAGUUGCCUUUUUCAUUCUCCUUCCUAUAGUCAUACCCGUGCACUCCUUAGCUGCUUGUUGAAUGUUGCUGGGACAUGUACAUGUACAUGUAUUGAUCUAAGUGAUCUUCCUUUCUUUUGCUCUA